ACCAAAAUUGCGGUAUUUAUUGCGCUCAUUGCCUAUAAAAUAUAUCUUAAGAGUGUAUUAUACAACAAGUUGAGUUCCAUAUUCGGAACAACAGAACAGUGUCGCAUCACAUUAAACUCACGUUGAUUAUUUUCCUCAAAACAGCUGUUUGAUUUUAAAAAUUGAACUUCACUAUUUUGUUGACAAGUUGUGUACAAAAUGAGCAGCAAACGAAAUAAUUGUAGAGGAAAAAGACGUGGUAGCCAUUUCAAAAAUGUGAAAUCUAAUCGGAACUGUGAACGUAAUUUGGCUGAACGUGAAUGUGAAUUAGCAGAAGACAGUGACGAAAGUUCAACUAGCAGUUCUGAGGCAUCAUGUGACAUAGAAAGCCAUGGAGUAUCACCUAAUUUUCCUGUUGCCAUGUGGGACCUCAAUCAUUGUGAUCCAAAAAAAUGUUCAGGCAGAAAACUGUCACGUCUAGGUUUAAUUGAAAACUUACGUUUAGGGCAGAAAUUUUCUGGAUUAGUGUUAACGCCCGUAGGUGUUAAUUGUGUAAGUCCUGCUGAUCGCGAUAUCAUCGUUACAGCUGGUGUAGCUGUAGUUGACUGCUCUUGGGCAAAACUUGACGAAACACCAUUUAGUCGUAUGCGUAGCCCCAAUCCACGUUUAUUGCCAUAUUUAGUAGCAGCUAAUCCCAUCAAUUAUGGAAAGCCAUGUAAAUUGAGUUGUGUUGAAGCCAUUGCGGCUACACUCUACAUAUGUGGUUUUAAGAGAGAAGCGCAAUGGUACAUGGGUAAAUUUUCAUGGGGCCACUCAUUUCUUGAAUUGAAUGACACACUCUUAAAUAAAUAUGCUUCAUGCAAGUCAAGUGAGGAAAUACUUAAAGUUCAAAAUGAAUAUUUAAACGAAGAAAUAUCUGCUCGAGAAAAACCCAAAGACUAUCGCGACUUUUAUCCAACAAGCAGUAGUAGUGAUGAUGAGUCCCAAAAUUAAAACAUCAAGAAUAACGAAUAAAUUACAUCAGAAACAUGUUUGAAAACAGACUUAAGUAAUUAAUAAAAUAUGUAAGAUGUGUGUUACUAAGAAUAUAUAUAUAUAUAUUAUAUAAUAAUA